ACAAAGCGCAAUGACGUUCGGUUGAGGACGGUGGUUUUGUUCAUACGGGUCGCGUAGUGUAGCGAUUUAUUUUGCGAGUUAUUUCUAAAUCCAUCGGCGUCCUCCUAAACGCGUGUAACCAUGGCGGACGAGGAUAAUAAUUGUGAUGACGGUGGUGGUGAAAUGAAGAUCAACCAGGCGUUCCGCCUAAGAGGUCGCAAAGGUGCUUUGAAAAAGAAGAAUGUUUACCUGGUGAAAGAUCACAAGUUUAUGCCGAGGUUCUUCAAGCAGCCCACGUUCUGCAGCCACUGCAAGGAUUUUAUAUGGGGCUUCGGGAAACAAGGAUUCCAGUGCCAAGUAUGCAGUUUCGUUGUCCACAAGCGAUGCCACGAAUAUGUCACCUUCACCUGUCCAGGUGCAGACAAAGGAGCGGAUUCAGACGAUACACGCACUCGGCACAACUUCCGCGUACACACAUACUCGUCUCCAACAUUCUGCGACCACUGCGGGUCGCUGCUAUACGGCCUCAUCCACCAGGGGCUCAAAUGUCAAGCAUGCGACAUGAACGUCCACAAGCGGUGCGAGGAAUCUGUGCCCAAUCUAUGUGGAUGCGAUCACACCGAGCGGCGCGGGCGCAUACAACUGACUGUCUCUUGCCAUGGAAACAAGCUCACUGUCGAAGUAAAGCAAGGCCGCAACUUGAUCCCUAUGGACCCAAACGGCCUGUCGGACCCAUACGUGAAGAUGAAGCUGAUACCUGAUGCCGACAAUGUGAAGAGAAAAACAAAGACCAUACGCAGCACCCUCAACCCGGUGUGGAACGAAACGUUAAGCUUCGACCUCAAGCCGGAAGACAAAGAUAGGCGACUGCUCAUUGAGAUAUGGGACUGGGAUAGAACCUCCCGAAAUGACUUCAUGGGCUCUCUGUCUUUCGGUAUCUCCGAAUUAAUGAAGGCUCCAGCUGACGGCUGGUUCAAGUUGCUCACCCAAGAGGAAGGCGAAUUCUACAACGUGCCGGUACCAGAAGAAGGCACUGACUUAGCUCACUUAAAGAACCAGAUGAGAGCGACCAGUGUUGGUGCCCGACGAGCCCCACCGCCGCCUGACAGAGAGGUUCCGCACAAUAUGGCCGCCGCUGACGUCAUUAGGGCAUCUGACUUCAACUUCAUUAUGGUGCUUGGGAAAGGAUCGUUUGGAAAGGUAAUGCUAGCAGAGCGACGGGGUACAGACGAGUUGUAUGCCAUCAAAAUAUUGAAGAAAGACAUAAUAAUUCAGGACGACGACGUGGAAUGCACUAUGGUAGAGAAAAGAGUCCUAGCACUUAGCAGCAAGCCACCUUUUUUGGUGCAGUUGCAUUCCUGUUUCCAGACUAUGGACCGUCUCUACUUCGUGAUGGAAUAUGUGAAUGGCGGAGAUCUUAUGUUUCAAAUACAACAGUGCGGCAAAUUCAAAGAGCCUGUUGCCGUAUUCUACGCCGCAGAAAUAGCUAUAGGCCUUUUCUUCUUGCACUCCAGGGGAAUAGUGUACCGCGACCUCAAACUCGACAACGUGCUAUUAGACCAAGACGGUCACAUAAAGAUCGCUGACUUCGGAAUGUGUAAAGAAGGCAUCACAGGCGACAAAACCACUAAGACCUUCUGUGGCACACCGGAUUAUAUCGCACCGGAGAUCAUAUUGUACCAGCCGUACGGGAAGUCUGUAGAUUGGUGGGCUUAUGGAGUAUUGUUGUACGAGAUGCUUGUCGGUCAGCCGCCUUUCGAUGGGGAAGAUGAAGAGGAGUUGUUCGCUGCCAUCACAGAUAAUAGCGUGUCGUACCCGAAGACUUUGAGUAAGGAGGCUAAGGAUGCGUGCAAGGCGUUCCUGACGAAGAACCCCCAGAAGCGGUUGGGGUGCAGCGCGCGCGGCGAGGAGGACGUGCGCACGCACGCGUUCUUCCGCCGCAUCGACUGGGCGCGCAUCGAGGCGCGCGACGUGCAGCCGCCCUUCAAGCCCAAGAUCAAACAUCGCAAGGAUGUAUCCAACUUCGACAAACAGUUCACUCAGGAGAAGACCGAGCUGACGCCCACCGACAAGCUGUUCAUGAUGAACCUCGACCAGACAGAGUUCAUGGGCUUCUCAUUCCUCAACCCGGAGUAUGUGCAGCACGUCUGAAUGGCACAGGGUUGAAUCAUCCUCUAACUCUAUUGAAGUUGACUUAUCUGCGUCGCUUCGUCAUCGGAGCACGGGUAUUUCUGCAUCUGUCGACUGUCUCUGUCACUCUCACGGCGGCAUCCGUUCGCUAACUCGUUCAUAAUCGACUGUAAACUAUAUUUCUGGUCUUCCUCGAGUGAUCUAAUAGAAAUGGAGAAAUAGC